AUGCCAUGUUUGCAGCGAUUAGCAUUGGAUCUAUGUACAGAAGAUGCACAUCUUGUUAAUGGACAGAACUUUAUUCGAAUUCUACCAUCAUCAGUUGUUGAGAUACAUUUAUUCAUUCUUUAUUACUUUACUAAAACAAAUAUCGAAGCAGAUACUUUGCUUUCCACAUGGCCAACUUAUAUUCAAAUAACAUGUUUGCCAAAUAAAUUACAUAAAUAUGCAGUCAUUCAUACAAUUCCUUGUGAUUUACCUUCAAUUAUGAUUCCAGCUAAAAUAGCUAAUUGCAUGUCGGUUGGUUCAGAAUACACACGAAAGGUUGAAGAUUUAAAAAUUUUUGGCGAACAAUGUUUAACUGAUAUACAUCUGAUAGUGCAACACUUUCAUCAGCUUCGAACACUCACCAUUGGCUCAGACAACAAUUCCGAGAUACUUACUGUUCAAUCAACUCAACCGAUCAUCUUACAUUUACCUAAAUUGAAGUGUCUUCGUGUGAAAGGAACAUGUGAAAUAUUUCAUCUAGUUCAAGCUGCUCCUAAUCUUGAAUGUUUAAGAAUUAGUUUAAAUUGUUUCAAUAUUGCACUUAACGAUACGUCUACAUGUAAAUUAUUGGAAAAACGAAUUACAGAUCUUGAAAUUACUCGUUUUCAAGAAAUUGACGAAAUUCAAUUAGAUACCAUAGCAGAAAAGUUUAAUCAUCUUCGUGAUCUUUACAUCAGAGGUUUGUUAACAGAUGAAAUGAGACAAGAUCUUCGUCAGUGGUUUAUCAAUCAUAGUCAUUUACGUCAAGAAGAUUCAUUCGUUGUUGAAUACAAGAGAAAUUGGCUUUCUAUGUGGCUUGAAUGA